UUAACAAUUUCUCACAUGGUUCUCAAGCUCCUAUGAAGUUCAUUUUGAUACGUGGCAAACAAUAUAUACAGCUUAUACAAGAAAAGAAAAAAUGGCUAACUUCAUCGCAGAUACGAGGAAUAAGAUUCAAGAUAUGUCCGAAUACCCUGUUUCAUGUGGAAAAUCUUCUAAAGAUCCACAAAGCCAAAGACCGAUGUCAAUAAUAGAUGAACCAGGACGGGCGGUGGUACUUGAACCAUCACCGAUAGAUGAACCGAGACGAGUGGUGGUACUUGAACCACCACUGAUAGAUGAACCAGGACGGGCGGUGGUACUUGAACCAUCACCGAUAGAUGAACCGAGACGAGUGGUGGUACUUGAACCACCACUGAUAGAUGAACCAGGACGGGUGGUGGUACUUGAACCACCACCGAUAUCAAUAAUAGAUGAACAAGGAAAUGCACAAGGACAAGAGCUGGUCCAAGAAGAAGAGCAAGAAGAAGGGAUCCAUGAUACAAUAGCAGAAAGAGCAACAGCUCCGCGCAAACCACCGCCACCUAAUCCUAAGACUGGUUGAUAAUACAACAAGCAUUGGAAAUUCUAAAGAUCCUUCAUUUGAAGAAACUCGUUGGCGUGCAUGGUUGUAUUCACCUAAUUUUUACUUCCCAUUUCCAUUUAAUUAUGUUGCCUUGUAUAAUUAUUAUGGA